AAAGCAUCAAAUGACAGCUGAGAAGAAAGAAGAGAUACAUCUUAAGCAUCAAAUGACAGAGAAGAAAGAAGAGAGAAAAAUGGAGAAGAAAGAAAGCCAUGGCGGUUACAAGAAGGGAGGGAUAAGAACAAUGCCCUUCAUCUUCUCAAGUGAGGUUUGUGAGAGGUUGGCCAUGUCAGGUUUUGGUAUUAAUAUGCUUAGCUAUUUGACACAACAACUCUACUUGCCACUAACCAAGGCAGCCAACACUCUAACAAACUUUACUGGGACUGCAAGCUUGACACCUUUGCUUGGUGCCUUCAUUGCCGAUUCAUUCGCUGGCCGGUUUUGGACCAUAACAGUGGCUUCCAUUAUUUAUCAAAUAGGAAUGAUAAGCUUGACCAUAUCAGCAGUCCUACCAAAGCUAAGACCACCACCAUGCCAUGGAAAUGAAGUGUGCCAGGAGGCUAAUUCAAGGCAAUUAGCCAUUCUCUGUGUGUCUCUUCUACUUACAGCAAUUGGGUCCGGUGGAAUCCGGCCCUGCGUGGUUGCAUUCGGUGCCGAUCAAUUCGAUGAAACUGAUCCAAAACAAAAGACAAGAACAUGGAAUUUCUUCAAUUGGUACUACUUCUGCAUGAGCUUGUCAUCCCUUGUGGCUGUGACUGUGAUUGUUUAUAUACAAGAAACGAUUGGUUGGGGUUGGGGACUUGGAAUUCCAUCCAUUGCUAUGUUCCUUUCCAUCAUAAUCUUCAUUGUGGCUUAUCCACUAUACCAGCACUUAGAUCCAUCUGGGAGUCCCUUCACUCGCUUGAUACAGGUCAUGGUAGCUGCCUUCAAGAAAAGAAAGUUGACUAUGGUUUCAGAUCCCAAAUUGCUCUAUGAGAAUGAUGAGCUUGAUCUCUCCAUCUCCAUUACUGGAAAGCUUCUUCACUCUGAGCAAUUAAGAUUUUUGGACAAAGCAGCAAUCUUGACAGAGGAGGAGAAAGUGGGAACUUUACAGACACCCAACUUAUGGAGGUUAUGUACAGUCCACAGAGUUGAAGAGUUGAAAUCAAUGAUUCGAAUGGGACCAAUAUGGGCUUCUGGGAUUCUUCUCAUAACAGCCUCUGCACAACAAAACACCUUCUCCCUACAACAAGCUCGAACCAUGGAUCGUCACCUCUCUCAUUCCUUCCAAAUCCCACCAGGUUCCAUGUCUGUCUUUAGCACGAUUUCCAUGCUCACAUCACUAUUCCUUUACGAUCGAAUCAUCAUCCCUAUCGCUAGACGCUUUACAGGUCUCGAUAGAGGAAUCUCAUUCCUCCACCGUAUGGGCAUUGGGUUAGCGAUCUCCAUCUUUGCUACCCUUAUUGCUGGUUUCAUUGAGAUCAAGCGCAAACAUGUAGCUUCUGUUCAUGGCCUCACAGAAGAGCCACACUCAACAAUCCCUAUUUCGUUUUGUUGGCUCAUCCCUCAAUAUGCUCUCCAUGGAAUGGGUGAAGCUUUCAUGUCCAUUGGACACCUUGAAUUCUUAUAUGAUCAGGCACCUGAGAGCAUGAGGAGCAUGGCUACUGCACUGCAUUGGACCGCGAUUUCGUUAGGAAAUUAUACUAGUACAAUGCUUGUGACGCUGGUACAUGCAAUUACUAAGGGGAGUUGGCUUCAGGACAAUCUAAACAAGGGGAAGUUAGAGUACUUCUACUGGUUGAUCACAUUGUUGCAGGUUUUGAAUCUCAUAUACUACAUGUUCUGUGCCAAGUUCUAUUCAUGGAAGUCCAUUCAGCUCCACCAAAAAGGGGUUGAUUCCGAAGCCAAAGUUGAACUUGCCGGUCAUGUUUAG